AUAAAUACGGAAUACAUAGAAACAUGUAGCCAUCUAGUGUUGAAAGGUUUUCUUCACAAAUACAACACUUUAACAUAACUGUACGGAGAUAAGAUUCGGUUUUUCGGGUUUUCUAUUCCGAUAUAAACCGCUAAAAAUCUGUAGAAUACUGAUUUAAAUUACAAUUGUUUGACGCUGGACAUCGAAAAUGAGUUUCAAUUUAGAUAAUCUUCGACUGGCGACGGAAGAAGAAAAUGAUGACUUGUAUUCUGGAUUCAACGAAUAUAACCCUAUGUAUGACACAGCAAAUCUGGCAGAGGAUGAAGGUUUUAUGAACGCUGUAAAAACGAGUCACGGACGACGACCUCCGAUGACGGCACUACGAGGCGCGAAUCCAGUCUUAGGUCGAAAUGCUAUUCCUCCACCUUCAUCGUUUGGUCGUCCGGUUACGGGUGCCGUUGCUGACGGAAGUGCUCGACCAAUGACCUCCGUCGCAGGAGCAGGUUUCUCAUCAAAUUUGGGUAAAGGUGCUGCUUUUGAUCCAUUAAGCCAGGCAGGAAAAGAUAGACCAGGUGGCAUCGCCCCUCCUCUUGACCCACUAUCAGAAAAUGGACCAGAAGAAAAAGUAAAAGCACUCGAAAAGAGAGUUGGAGAACUGAUUGAGGAAAGCGUUGUUGCACAAAGUAAAGGGAACCUUACCCUUGCACUUGACAAAGCGAAAGAUGCCGGUCGUAAAGAGCGAGCGCUCGUACGACAAAGAGAGCAAAGCGGUCUGAGCGAGAACAUAAAUCUUGACCUAACAUAUUCUGUUCUAUUCAAUCUUGCGGUCCAAUACGAAGCGAACGAAAUGUUCCCUGAAGCUUUGAAUACUUACAACGUGGUUGUGAAAAAUAAAAUGUUCAGCAAUGCUGGUCGCCUCAAAGUCAACAUGGGAAAUAUAUAUUUCAACCAAGGGCAAUAUAUGAAAGCAAUUAAAUUCUAUCGUAUGGCUCUUGAUCAAGUUCCAAACACUCAUAAAGAUAUGAGAAUUCAUAUCAUGCAAAAUAUUGGAGCUGUGUUUUUAAAAAUGGGGCAAUACAAUGAAGCAGCGACGUCGUAUGAACAUAUUAUGACGGAAAAGCCGAACUUCAGAACAGGUUUCAAUUUGAUUCUCUGUUAUUUUGCGCUCGGUGAUAGUGAAAAGAUGAAAAAAGCUUUUCAGAAAUUGCUUUCUGUUAAUUUAGGAAUUGAUGAUGAAGAUAAAUACACAACAAACCCAGAAAAUACGCAAGAAAGUGUGUAUUUGGAUGCUAUCAAAAAUGAUUUGCUUCGCCAAGCUGAACGCAAGCAAAGAUCAACAGCUGAAUGGACCAUUUUAAGCGCUGCGAAAGUCAUCGCACCUGCGGUUGAAAAUACCUUCGCUGCUGGAUUUGAUUGGUGUAUUGACCAAGUUAAAAACUCACCAUGCCUUGACCUGGCGAAUGAUCUAGAAAUUCACAAAGCUCUAAUGUAUUUGAAGGAGAGAGAUUUUCCUCAAGCUGUUCAGAUUCUAAAAACAUUCGAGAAAAAGGAAACGCAGGUCAAAUGUCAAGCUGCGACUAAUCUUUCAUUUAUUUAUUAUUUGCAAGGAAACCUUGCUGAUGCGCGGAGAUACGCAGACAUUGCCACGAAGGCAGACCGAUUCAAUGCUCCUUCGUUAACAAACAUGGCGAACUGCCUUCUUUCUGAAGGAGACGUAAGCGGAGCAGAAACACUGUACAAAGAGGCUUUAGAGAACGAUUCAUCGUGUCAUGAAGCUUUAUUCAAUCUCGGACUUUUGUAUAAACAGCGACAGCGUCUGGACGAAUCUCUCGACUGCUUUUUGAAAUUACACAACAUAAUGCGACAUGAUUCUCAAGUCAUGUAUCAUAUUGCGUCAUUAUACGAGCAUAUGGAAGAUUGGAGCCAGGCUCAAGAAUGGUUGAUGCAGUGUGUGGGAAUCGCAUCCACGGAUCCAAGCAUUUUAUCACACCUUGCAAAGAUUUGUGAAAAGGAUGACACAAAUGCUGAUUUGUCGCAGGCGUUUCAAUAUCGUUACGAUGCGUAUCGACUAUUUCCUGCGGAUAUUGAAACUCUCGAUUGGCUGGGGGGUUAUUAUAUUCAAUCUCAAUUUUAUGAAAAAGCUGUGAGGUAUUACAGUCGAGCUGCUGUAAUACAACCUAAAGAAGUAAAAUGGCAAUUAAUGGUUGCGAGCUGUUACCGACGAAGCGGAAAUUACCAACUUGCAUUUGAAAAAUACAAAUCGAUUCACAACCAAUUUCCCGACAAUGUAGAGUGUUUGAAAUUCAUCAACCGGUUAUGCGUUGACCUCGGACUCCAAAACGAGCUUCAAGAAUAUGCAAAUAAGUUGAAAAAAGCAGAAAAAUCGAAAGAAAUGAGAGAACAACGGGCAAGCAGUGGUGGCCGUAGAGGAGGAAGCGGUAGAGGGGAUAGAACUCCCGCGAGUGCAAAUAGUUCAGAUGGGAAUCUUCACAACGGUAGUGCUGGGAGUGGGUCAGCAAAGCGACGAACACUUCCAGAGGCAGAUGGAUACAGUACAACAAAGCGAGAUAUCGAUUCAUCCUAUGUUGAUCCCCUAGGACCCGCCCCCGAACGUCCAAAAACCGCUGCGAGACAAAGACAAGAAAUUGCCGAUGAAUUUGAUGACGUUGAAGUCGACGAUGAUCUUCUGCCAGUUUAAAUUAUUUAUCAUUGUUGUCAAAUUUGACUGAAAAAUAGAUAACAAUUUUUGAAUUUGUGAUACAGAAAAUACGCAGCAACAAAAAAAGUACAAAAUUAGUGAUUUGGUUUUAUUGGACCCAAUCCAGCCCCAGGGAUGGAUGAGGAAUUAAACAUAUAUUGUUCAUUCAUUUUUACUCAUUUCACAAUUGAAUUGGAACUCUUAUCAUUUUGGACAUGGGAUAAACUGACCUCCCACUCCCUCAUAUGGUUAUAUAAUAUUAUUUGAUAUUUUCUCUUAACAAGAUUCCAGUUAUGACCUAUAUUGUUCAAUGGCGUCACUGUUUUUCAUUCCACAAAAAAGACAAAAUUUUCAAAAAAGUUCAGAAUGUUGUUAUAAAUGCACCUAUGUGGUUUACUGUAUAUUGUUUCCUCAAUUGUUCAUUCCUAGAUAUAGUAUAGUUAUAUUUUUGUACUGUUAUUUGUUAUUGUGAGAUGUUGAUAUCUUUUGCAAUUAUUAAAUCUGAACAUGAAUUGUA